ACUUCCGGGGCGGCAACCGCGUCGCGCAGUUGACCGGUCCCUCAAACGCGCUUAAAAAAACCCAACAACCACAACAUAAACGCGCCCGCGACCCGAACCACCCGCCUCUUGGUCCGGCGACAACCUCUUUAUGACAGCGGCAGGCUUCUCCGCGGCCUACGGAGCGCUCCGCCGACGCCGCGUCUCCAUGGCAACAGACCCGCGAGGACCCCAACAUUCCCCACCCGCGCGCGGAGGAGGGGACCUCGAGCGCUCCGAAGGGUCUUAACCGACUGCCUGCCCGCGCUUUUUCUUCCCCGACCGAGGACAGAACUUGUCGUUUCAGCGCAUCGGGUGAACAAGGCUGCCCUGCGCGGCGCUGUGCGGCUGCGCCUGUUUUGCGCAUUUGUUUGUUUUCCGAUCAGGCACCGCGUGGGGCAGCUACUUGAGCCGCUGACAACUUUGCGCUGUUGAGUUGGCAUUUCUCUCGCGGGUGCCAGACUGCGCGGAGGGAAGCAGGAGCGGGAGGGUCGCUCGCUUUCUGGAGAAGAAGCAGGUAAAGAGGUACGGUAACAACAGUCUCGGUGGCGUCGAUCAACCCGUCCGCGCAAUCCCCCACGCGCCAUCCUUUCUGGCCGUCCACUUUCCUGGAGGAGCAGAUCCCCUCGGAUGCGCCGCUUUUCCGCUGGUGUCUGAGGAUUCGGGCUGCUCCCGUUUGGGAGGCUGCAAAAUAACUGGUGUGUGAGCCGGGGGCGGGGGGACCCAUCACUGGACUUCGACUACACCGUGAGAAAGCGAAUGGGCAGAGUAUUAUUAUUAUUAUUAUUAUUGCAAAUGGGCAGAACUAAGCAGACCGAAGGUUAGAAAUAACGCGCGAGACAAAACGAAUUAAAUGUCAGUUUCUUUCAAAGGUCUGGAAAGGCUGCAGGCCACGCAGCUAGGUGACAGAACAGCGAACAGCCAACGGAGCGCUGCAAAAGCAGUUGCCUGCCUUUAAUUCUUCAGAAUUAAAUCUCUCUCUUUUCAAGCCAAGGGCUACAUUCUCUCCUCAUGGCUGAUCUUCCAGGGUCCAUAGAAUAAUAGAAUUGUAGAGUUGGAAGGGACCACGGUGGUCAUCUAGUCCAGCCCCCUGCAAUGCAGAGGUCUUUUGCCCAGCGUGGGGCUCGAAUCCACAACCCUGAGAUUCAGGGUCUCCUGCGUUAUUGACAGAGCUGGCCAUUGCAUGGAGCAUAUGUUGAGGGCAUAUGUUAGAGGUGGAUGUGGCUACUGCUAGCCCAUGCACACUCAUUCUCAUUUGCACACCCUACGCAUUCGUACUUGUCUGUUUUGCUGCCCAAUGCACACCCAUUCGCUUGAGGUAUGGAGGAGGGGGUGAACUUUAGUGAACUUGCAGCUGUGUAGGGAAGGGGCUAACAAAGAUUGGCACCAAUAGAAGGUGGUUUCAAGGCUGAUUGCUGCAGGGUGGUGGUGGUUGCAGUACACAGGGAGGGAAGAGUUAACCCUUCCUUCGCCAGCUGUGAUCUCCACUCCAUAUGUGUAUUAUGACGUUCUGGCUACAAACUAGGCAGAGUGGAGGUAGAUAGAGAAGGGUAUACCCUGAAUACAGGCACUCAGGCUGUGCUCUGUGAAAGCAAAGUUUACACUGCUGUCUCCUAAUUGUGAGCUGUACUGGAAGGUGCUGUUUUUCUUAUAGGGACCCAGCCUUCUCCAUUACAGUCAUACCCCAUGUUAUGGAUGCUUCAGGUUACGUGUUUUCAGGUUGCGGACCACUGGAAACCCGGAAGUUACUUCCGGGUUUCGCCACAUGCGCAGAAGCGCCAAAUUGGGCCAGCGGCUGUGCAGACGGGCGCUUCAGGAUGCAAACGCUGUGGGUUGCGGACAUGCUUCCGUCACGGAUUACGUCUGCAACCCGAGUACAGGGUUUUUCUUACAGGGACCCAGCUCCUCUUCCAUCUUCCUGUGAUGGAAAGCUCUGGCCGCGCUGAGCCUUCCAUGGAGUCCAAAUAUGGUAGCGCCACUUCAUAGCCCUUGAAGGCUUAUUGGGUGGCAAGGCUUGUGGGGCAUGCCCUACGUGCCUUCCCCUUUUUGUUUCAGAGUCCUCUGCUUCAUCACCUGGGGAAAAUGUGGACGCCUGGACACUGGCAACCCAUCUCCCCGGCAGUUAGACUUGCAAACAACCCUACAUGGGGUUUCAAGAAUGAUUGCACUCUCUUUGUGUGUGGAUUUUUUAUGCUUGAAAACAUCCUCCUGUUGACUCCAUUGUGAAGUUUUUUCAAGCCUAGUUGCUUUGAAUUGAAGGGAUGAGGAGCAAGGGAGAGGAAGCCUCAUGGACUGGCAGUUCCCCAGUCCUGGUCUUGAUAUCCUUGGAUGAUACUGUAAAUCCAAAAUGGGGACCAAUUAUUUGAAGGAUGGUCAAGUUGUAUAAAAAUGUUCAAGCCUGGUGGGCACAUAUCGAUAAUUGAUGAAGUAUGAAAUGAAUUUAUUUAUUUAUUUAUUUGAACCCCGCCUUUUUCCCCUGACAGGGACUUAAAAUGGAUUACAGAUAGAAUAGGAAUAGCUAAAAACUUUUUUAUUAUUACUAGUUUUUAAAUUACUAGUUUUACUGUGAAACAACAGAUUGACUCUGAUUAUCAAGAAGUCUGUUCACAGGAAUCUUCUUUGACGCCUUAAGCAGCUUGCAUCUCUUUGUUUUUUGCAAGAGUAGGAGAAGCAGGAGUAUAGAUGACUAGAAGGCAGGUGGAGCUCAGCUCACAUAAAAACUGACAGAUUGUUGCUUAUGUUUUAAAGAAGACAGUGUAGCGACAAGCAAUGAAAAUUUCUGACUGUGGAACAAACCACACAGUGAAAAUAUUCUAGGAGGUGAAUGGGUUUAGUAAACCUGGACUGUUUGAAUGCCAAGUCAUCUGUCCUUAACUGGAUUGCAGCCUGCUUUGUAGACAAAAAUGCUUUGUAUUUGUCUCACUUUGCAAAUGGGUGGUUUAGUGAGGGUCUAAGACCUGGGAGAGAUGUGGCUUUCAGCACUGCCAUUGGUUUUGCCCCUGUGAGCAAACCUAUCCCUGUCACUUCAGUUUUUGAAUUGCUAAAAUUCUAAUUCUAAUAAUAAUAAUAAUUUAUUAUUAUUUCUACCCCGCCCAUCUGGCUGGGUUUCCCCAGCCACUCUGGGCGGCUUCCAACAAAAGAUUAAAAAUACAUUAAAAUAUCGGUCAUUAAAAACUUCCCUAAAGAGGGCUGCCUUCAGAUGUCUUCUAAAAGUCAGAUAGUUGUUUAUUUCCUUGACAUCUGACGGGAGGGCAUUCAACAGGGCGGACCCCACCACUGAGAAGGCCCUCUGGCUGGUUCCCUGUAACUUCGCUUCUUGCAGUAAGGGAACCGCAGAAGGCCCUUGGCGCUGGACCUCAGUGUCUGGGCUGAACGUUGGGGGUGGAGAUGCUCCUUUAGUAAUGCCUGGCUGAGGCCGUUUAGGGCUUUAAAGGUCAACACCAACACUUUGAAUUGUGCUCAGAAACGUACUGGGAGUCAACGUAGGUCUUUCAGGACCAGUGUUAUAUGGUCUCAGCGGCCACUUCCAAUCACCAGUCUAGCUGCCGCAUUCUGUUAGCUUAUGUAUAGAUGUUAGCUUAUGGCGUGGUACUCUUCUAAGGAAAACACGUGCAAGUCUACUCUUUUACUCUCCCCAUAAAUAGCUUUCAGCAUAUCAGGUAAAAGGUAUGAGCUGGCAAAAUGCCAUGACAAAGAUGUAUGGGAAAUUAUAUCUGAAGAUGCUCCUUGUUGUGUGCAUGGUGGAAUCCUAGGUGGAUAUUUACUUGAAAUCUUUAUUCACGACUCAGAACAAUACUUUUUAUAUUUGAAUGUGGUACUCUCAGUUAUGCCUUUUUGUAAGUUUGCAGAAUGGUUCUCUGUUGUGUGUUUUUCUUGUAGACAUUUGGAGAGGCUCAACACUUCAUCCAGAGUGAAAGGAAGAAAUGACGUUCAGAAAAGGUAUUAUUUCCCCAAAUGGCACAUUUUAAAAAUCAGUAUACUUGAGUCAUACUUGGCCAUUAUUAUUAUUCUAAUCAUGUUUUUCUUUGUUCCCUUUCAGUAAACAUUUUCAUUUUGGUGCUUGCUGUUGUUAUAUUUUUGCUAGUGUUGCAUCACAACAUACUGGGUCUCAGUGAUCUCUUGAAAAGGGAAUUAUCAGGUAUGGUGUCUCUCUCUUAUUUUUAUGAGUCUGGGCUUCAGUAAUAAUAUUUAUGUGGGAGGUAACAAAUCAUUGUGUUGGUGAAAUUAUGUCCUUCACAUAGAUUGUUUUUGUAAUAUAUACUUGCAUCUCAGUUAUUUCACAGAAAUAUCAAACCAUUUGAAGUGCGGCUAUCAUGUCAAGAGUAAUUUUAUUUACUUAUAAAGAUAUACUGCUUAAUAUGAUAAAAAACCUCUAAAUGAUUUACAUAAAAAGAAUAAACAGAACAACAUUAGAUAACUCAAAAUAUAGCUGUAGGUAGAUUAAAAACAAAACAUAGCUGCAUAUCCCAAAUAAACUAAUUAAGCCAUAGGAUUUAAGGGUCAUCUUACUUGAAAGAAAAUUUAAUCUCAUUGCAAUAUCACGGUCAAUCAUUAGGAAGAGAUAAAAAGUUUGAUUUGAAGGGAUGGCUCACCAGUGAUCACCUAGACAUAUUAGACUAUAGCUCACAUUAUCCCUGACCUUUAGCCAUGGUAACUAGGGCUAAUGACAGUUGACAUUCAACUACAUCUGGAGUGCCACAGAUUAGCCACCCAAUUUGAAGUCUGGUAAAAUACCCUUGGCUGCUCCUGUUCACCACAUGGCCCAUCCUGUCCACCACGUUAGGCUUCCCCCUCCAAAGCCUCACUUAUCGGGGUGCCUGAGGCAGCUGCUUCAGUCCGCCUCCUGGUUGGGCUGGCCCUGCUAAUGGAAGUAACUGGAGGAAUUAAAGAAAUGUGUAAAAAUUAUAUAAGGCGUAACUAGCAAAAAUUAAGCUCUUCAAAGCGUGCACUUAACUUUGUCCUUGAUAUUUAACAGGACUUAAGAGUGAGUGACAUUAGAUUGAGCAUGCCCAGAAUGUUGUUUAAAUAAUAAACCUGUGCACACCGUGCCCUUAUUCUGCAGAUUCAAGUCCAUUAGGCCUCCAACCGAUAGAUUUUAUUCCUGAGGCACCUCAAAGGUUGACAGAGGACUGGAAUGACAAGGAGAUUCCUGUGGUCAUUACAGCAUCUGAUGAUAGGCUUGGUGGGGUAAUUGCAGCUGUGAACAGUAUUCAGCAGAACACCAAGUCCAAUGUGGCCUUCCAUAUUGUCACCUUGAAUGACACAGUGGACCAUCUGAGGUAAAGUAUGUUUGAGACAUUUUCUUCCUUGGUUUUCGUUUGCGAAAGGUUUCCAGGUUUAGUAAUGCUUACUUUGAAGCAGCAAACAUACACCGUCCUCUGUUUUGUAAUCCUGUAUUCUCUGCAAGAAGCUAUAGAUAAUAAAGUACUGAUUACGUAUAGCCAAGCAGAACGUUCAUAUAGCCAAACUGAAAUAGGAUCGACCAAGAAGAGACAUCUCAGAGAAUUACUCUUGCAGAUGCUGUUCACUGUUACCAGUUUCAGAACCGAUUUGCAGGGUAUUGAAAACAAAAUAUUCCCCUUUCACGAUCCUCAUCUAGCUCCUCUGAAAAAUAGAAGAAGUGAUCAUUCAAACAGUGCUUUUUUCUUAAAUGUUUAGGGGUGUGCAUACCCCUGCGUACCCCCAGAAAAAAGCACUGCCUUCAAGUAUUUGGACCCAAAUCAUUUUUGGAAUAAUGAUUUAACAACAAUGCUUUGAACUGAGCCUGGAAGCUUAUGGGCAGCCUGUGGAGAUAAUGGGCCAUAGGUGUAAUGUGACUCCAACUUGAUAUGCCACACAGUAAUCUGGCAGUAGCAUUUUGCACCAGCUAUAGCUUUUGUACUGUCUUCAGCGAUAGCCUCGCAUAAAACAAAUUACAGCAGUCUAGAUGUGAGAUUACAGUAGCAUGGAUCACUAGAAAGGCUAUCCCAGCCUGUAGCUGGCAAACCAACUGGAGCUUGAAAUAGGCACUGCAGCCGCCUGUGACAUUUUUACUGCUCUCUUCCCUGUACAGAUCAUGGCUUAGUAAAACUAGUCUGAAAAAUGUGAAAUACCAAAUACUGGAUUUUGAUCCUCGUAUGCUGGAUGGAAAAGUGCAGGUUAAGUCUGAAAUGCCAGACUCGAUUAAACCUGUGAGUACUUGUACUGAUUUAUAUUAUUUUAACUUCCUUUCAGGUUGCUGAUAAUUCAUGAAAAAUAUAUACUUAGAUAUGGCAGCUUUGAAAAAUCUGACUUGUAACUACUGAUGCUAUUAGAGAAGAACUCUAAUAGAAGAACUUGAGAAGAACUUGAUUGUAUUCCUCAAAUUAAGUUGGGACGGUUGAAAAUUCUACCAGCAACCUAAGUUUCAAUAAAUUGUUUAUUUACUAUAAGCUUUGUUAGCGACCAAAAUAUAUUGUUAAGAGAGAUUAUGGUUAUUUAAAACCUGUGUCUGGCAUGUCAGAUUUUCUUUCUUUCAUUCAUUCUUUCAUUCAUUCAUCAUCUUCUUAUUCUUCUUCCCUUUUGUUUCUACCUAGCUAACCUUUGCAAGAUUCUAUCUGCCUAAUUGGGUCCCUAAUGCAGAAAAGGCCAUUUACUUGGAUGAUGAUGUGGUGGUUCAAGGUACUUUUCUUCCUGCAAAUACUUUCAGAGAUGGAAACGUCUUUCUGUAGACCUAUCCUGUCUCAGGGCGGGGGACAGAUUUUAGCCCACCUAAAGAAAUGGGAUGAAAUCAUAGAAUUAUAGAGUUGGAAGGCACCUCCAAGGAUCAUCUAGUCCAACCUCCUGUAAUGCAGGAAACACAUUACGUUAUAAUUCCAAGAGAGUUAUACUGGUUUUAGGGGGGAAAUACAGUAACACAAAAUUAUUUAGUGCAGUAUCUUCUUAGUGCAAUUAAAACUGCUGUUUUAACUUGAAAUAUGAAAUUGACUUAUGAACUCUACACCCUGAUUUGAGCUUUCCAUGAUAUCUGUACUCUUCCCAGCUUUAGAGACUAAAGUAAGGCUUCUCUAGAACAUGUUGGAAUGAAUUUGGCAUUUUAAGUAAUAACUUAUUUGUAGAUGAAAUGGUUUAUAUUUGCAAAAGAUGUAUUUAAGCUCCACACUGCUCUUCACUUCUGUGCAUACAUGAGAAUAAAGCCAUGUUUUGAAUGAAAUGAAGUUAUCAGAGGCAAGACUGUGUCUGGGAUCUAAACAGCUGCUUUAGGCACGUUUCGGGGUUUUCUUUUGAAAUGAGAUUUUUUUGUGGCAUAUGCCCAUAUAACCAUCAUAAACUGAAAGAUAACUGUUUUAGUUUCCCGUAUUUGCAGCUGACUAUUGAAAAUGAUUGUGGGGGGCGGGAGCAGGAUGGCAGACAGGGUUUUAUAAUUUGUUUUGAACUACCAUUUCUUCUUUGCUUGGAUUGCUUUUUCAGAUGAUAUCUUUGAACUUUACAACACUCCACUGCAACAGGGUCAUGCAGCUGCAUUCUCAGAUGACUGCGACUCUACCUCAAAUAAGUUUGCAGUUCGUGGAGCAGGAAACCAGGUGCAAAUAAUUGUAAAAGAAGAAAGCGAAUGUUACAGGCCCCAGUUCUUAGAGGCUACCUCUACCCUUGUGGUUGCGUUUGUUUUACAGGAGUGCUUUAUGCCUUUUGGUUUGCCAAAGCAUUGAAUGCAGCUAAGUGCCCCCUUUUUACCUGUGUAGGAUUUUAGAAGCUAAGGAUUGGGAACCUUGGCUUCUUCCUGGGCAUGCUAUAUAUUCCUGGCCCUUAUCAGUCAGUAGCCUGUAUAAUUUUCAGGGAAUGGUAAAUGCCUGUACCUGUCUGCAUGGGAAGGCUACAGAAUGUGGUGGAGUGGUCUUAGGACACCAGGGACUGUGGUCUUCUUCCUCAUGUCUUGAGGAGAUCUGCUUCUCCUUUAUGGUAAUCUGAAGCAACGCUUUCAACUUCCUGUUCUAAGCACUGAGGAGGAGCAGGUUGUCCUCUAUGGUAUGCUGAACAGCCAGGAAGAGGAGGCUAUUUUUGAGUAAAUGUAGAUGUAGGUGGUUCCUUACUUCUUAGAAUCUGUAUGCUGUGUAGGGAGCCUCCAUUUUUGGAACAUAAUGGCCAUAAGCAAAAUGUGGCUGAUUCAGAAAGGCGCAGAGGGCUUUUUGUAUUUAACUCACCUUGCCUCAGUAUAGUUAUUUUAAGGUAUUUGAAAUGUAAUAGCUAAUAAACAAAACCAAAUAAAACUGCUAAAUAUCAUCACAUUUUGGUGAAGCUAGCAUCUCCAUACGGGAUAUCUUUUCCUCUGCAAAUAGAGGGGUUGGGCAGUGAAACUUUCUGUAGAGAGAGAUGUGUGUAACCAGUAAAGACUUCUGGGGAUUCUUGUAACUGAAACAAAGACCCAGUUUCUAUUAAUUUUCAGUACAAUUACAUUGGAUUUCUUGAUUAUAAAAAAGAAGCAAUUCGGAAGCUGUCCAUGAAAGCAAGUACCUGCUCUUUCAAUCCGGGCGUCUUUGUUGCAAAUCUAACCGAAUGGAAACGACAGAACAUCACUCAGCAACUGGAGAAAUGGAUGGCGCUUAAUGUUGUGUGAGUGUGCCCAUAUUUCUGCUUAACACUGCCACUUGGGGGACUAAGCCUAAUACAGCAUUGUGUGUGCCAGUGGGGGUGGAGAGUGAUGAACUGCCAGAAGUAUUUGUCAGGUCUUUCUACCAUGUUGAUAAUAAUCUUUCUCUAUGCAUGGAUCAUCUUUGCACUGACACCAGGCUACUUUCUGCAUCUACUUCAGCCUACUAGCCCUGAAUAUAAAUUGUUUUCAGGUCUGUCAUCUUUCAGUUAAAAUCCCUUCAGCUAUCUUGUUCUUUAAACACGCCGCUGCCCCAAUCUCAGACCAUGAAACCACCUUUAUUUCUUUCUACCAACACACUUUUACAGAGGUUGUCCUGAAUGAUCACCUUAAGCAUCUGCUAUUAGGUGGUCCAUCCCCAUUUCUUUCUCAGGCUCUUCCUUCUGCUUCUAUUCUGCCUGUUACUUUUUGAGCCUUUUGCGUAGGAAAUACUAUUCAGUACUCUCGACACUGAGCUUUUUGAAUAGCCAAAGCAUGUCACACACUUUAUGAGAUCCUUGUUACUAUUGCCUUGCAAAUGUUUUCCUUAUAUUGCAAAUGGUGGACAAUGACUGAGAGAAGGUACAUACUCAUUUGCAGCUGAGUUUCUUAGCUGGGCUACACUAACACUCAGAUGAUUCCUCCAUUUAUUUUUCUGGCUCAUUGCAAAGUAUGUCAGUUGCUUUUGCUGUACAAUGCCUGACAGACUGUUGUAAACAAAAUGUUUUAUAAGACGUUGUACAAAAACAGAAGCGUUCUGUUCAUUAAUAGGAUGAUUAACGAUUUGAAAAGAGAAGCACUCGAUUGGAUUAAUGAAUAUUUACCCUAUUUAAGAAUUGCACUUCUGUCUUUAGCUGGUUAAAUUUUCUUUCUUAUCCCUGACUAGAGAGGAAAUAUACAGUCGGACUCUCGCAGGCAGUAUCACUACACCCCCUCUGCUCAUUGCAUUUUACAAGAGACAUUCAAACCUUGAUCCUAUGUGGAAUGUGCGCCAUCUUGGUAAGUAUAAUGGAAGAGGAUGUGAUUACCUUUGCCAGACUUAAGCUGGUUGAAGUGGUUGCUUCUGUAGGCCUCGUUUUCUCCGUUACAGGACCUUUGAAAGUGUGGUAAUGAAGCCGUGGAUUUGUCUGCCCAAAAUUCUUUACUUUCUUCCUCUUCCUGUCUCUGAACUCUUUACUACAUUCUGAGAAGUUUGACCUUGAUGUGAAAUGGCUCUGGAAACAUGGUGUUUGAAUAUGAUUUAGUGGUCAGUUAAAUGUGGCCACAGGAAGAUUUCUAGAUACAGUGGUACCUCUAGUUGUGGACACCACCUGUUCCGAGCGGUGCUUCUGCGCACACGGCGAAACCCGCAAGUAUACACUUCCAGGUUUCCCGCGUUCACAAACUGAAAAGACGCAACAUGAACCUAACGCAACACGAGGUAUGACUGUAUACUUUGGUGAUGGCUAUUCAGGCAUCCUUGCUGCGUUCUCCCACCCAUCCCAGUUGCAAUGGGGGUAAGAAAGGAUAUUUGAAAGAUAAAUCAGUGUUUUAACAAUGGUUGAAAAUUAAGAGUCAGCUGUGAACUUUGAUUAUGUGACUUGCUAGCCUAGAACCCAGCUAGUCUUUUGAGAGAAGGCAGGAUAGGAAUCUAAAUCAACUCGUUUCUUACUCAAUUCAAAGGUUCGAGUGCUGGCAAAAGAUACUCUCCACAGUUUGUGAAAGCUGCCAAACUACUCCAUUGGAACGGACACUUCAAACCCUGGGGAAGGACCGCAUCCUACGCAGAUGUUUGGGAAAAAUGGUACAUUCCUGACCCUAGUGGCAAAUUCAACUUGAUUCGGAGGCACACUGACACUUACGAGGCAAAGUAAGACAGAAGUGAUACACCCCAUAUUCUUCUCAGGAACCAGACAAGACCAUAGAGUGAAGCUGGUAAUGCUACGUCCAUUCAGAUUGUUUUAAAAUGGAGACACACUUAAGUACUUGAAAUGCAUGCUUAAGAGAGGAAGCCUCUUCAAGCAGAGGAACCUCCAUGAAACUAGCAUUUUCAACCAAAUGGGAUAUUAAAGAAUGACCUUCUACGGAUAAAAUGUUUCAGGAGACGCUGCACCCAAGACUUUAUCACAGCUGGUGCUGGGGGAGCGUCUCAUGUGUUGCACAGCAACUUGAUGUACUAAAAAGCUGCUACCACUUUUUACUGUUACUUAACCUGUGAAUAUAAGCUUUUUGGUGGAUCCCUCCUAUUUCUUGAAGAUCCAUUCAGAUUCUUACAGCUAAUUUUAAGUUUGUGGAUUUUUUAAAAAAAAAUCUGCGUUCCAAAAACUAUUUUUUAUAGUAAAGUUUCUUUUAAUAUAACUACCCAUCAACAGUAAAGCAGCCCUUAUUUCUUAAAAAAUGAGGAAAUUUAUGAAUUCAUUUAUAUUCAGAUUUAUGGAUUGUGUGCAGGCAACUGAAAUGUGAAUGGUAACUUGUGCUUCACAAUAUAUCACUCUCUCUAAUAAAUUAAUUGUGCUUGAGUUCCUAUCAAUUUGGAAGCAAAAUCCCACCAUGCAAAAGUUAGUGGUUUUUAUGUGUUCAGUGAGUUCCUCGCAUAUGCCGAUCUAUAAACACCUGUAAAUCUAAAAGGGGGGGAAAUGCCCACUGCUAAGGAUCUGUGAGUUUCCAGGACUUGAGGUUGAUAGUGAGCCAACAGAUACAAAAAAUCUUAACACAUUCAUAUUAAAUACUAAACAAUAGGAACUUGUGUCAUUUUGCUGCUAACUUUAGCAGGUGAGAAGUUUUUGUGUGAUUGCAGUUAUGAUAAAAAUGGGAAAUUCAUUAUUAUGUGGGUAAUUCCCACAUCUACUCCCAGAACAAAUUUAGGGGACAUGCAGGGAGAGAAAGUUCUAUGGUGUGAUGAGAAAUCCUUGCACCUGAUGGAACAUUUGCAUCAACACUACGAGUACAACCCAAUGUGUUCUUAAAAUUAGUAAAUCCUAGGACCACCACAUUUUGGAAAGUACAGUGGUACCUCCGGUUGCAGACGGGAUCCGUUCCAGAGCUCCAGUUGGAUCCCGAGGUUUCCACAACCGGAGGGACUGCUUCUGCGCAUGCGCGCUUGGCGGUAGAGCGCUUCUGCGCAUGUGUGCGCGGCAAAAACCUGGAAACAUACUUCUGGGUUUGCCGAUUACGUAUCCCGAAGCUACAAUUGUACAGAUUAACUUUGCCAUCAAACUUGUGUUUAAGUAAUUUUAAGGUGCUUCAUUCCAGCAUGUGUAAGCUAUAUAUCUUAAAACACAAUAAACUGCCACCCCAAACAUAGUGUUUCAACUUCUUGAAAACUGAGCAAGGGCCCAUUGGUGUAAAAGGCUGCAAGUAUUACAGGACCUGCAUCCCUUCUUUGUCCUUGGACCUUUUUAAAUUUUCUUAUUUUUCGCACCUAUGCUGUCUGUACGUGCACAUUCUAAGCUUGGAAGCCCAUGAGCUUGGUGGUCAUGAGCCUGAGACUAAAUGAUCAUCAUUCCUCUGUCAUUGGUUCAGUUGUAUGUGGGAUUACAAGCUGUGGCAAGAUAGCUGCCUGCUUCGCUGGAAUGAAAAAAACAUGGAGGUUUAUGAACAGCAUUACUAAUUGUAUAAUGCCUUCCUGGUAGACAGGUUGCAUAAAAAACCCUUGCUGCUUUUGUAUAUAACUGAAGAACCACACAUUUCAGUUAAAAGCAUAUUAAAAAGUGAAGUUUUCUGUG